GAACCAAUUGAUUAUAUAUAUGUGUGUGUAUAUAUAUGAUCGGGUGUAUUUGAACAUGUCAAUAUAACUAUCUCGGAAGUUCAUGAUCAAUUCCGACAAAGAAACAUCGGUUUCUUCAUCCGUAUGUCGAGACACGGGAUGAGACAUGGCUCGUGCUUUAGCAUGUGGAUUUAUUUGUCGUAAACUACCGUUUAGACCCUCCCUGUAGUUACCAUAUUACAGCACUUGCCAUUCACCGGUUUAAAGCACACCAUUUUCCUUAACCGAUCUAGCUAACCUACCAGAACCGGUACAAAUGUAAACCAUUGGUUUUGAUUAGAUUUGUUAUUUAUCCAUUGAAUAAAAUAAGCAAGAUUGUAAUCGGGUUCGUCGCUUAUUUGGUCCAAUUUAUGUAAUACCGAUGGUUAAUUUCGGUUUGGUUAAUAACUAUUGCAAACUUCACCAAGAAAUUUAAAAGCCAAAUCGACCGGUAAAUAUUAAAUUACCAUAUUAUAUUUAUGGGAUUGUGGAUACUGAAAAUCAUUCCUUCCCUCCAGGCCUGGACAGGAGUAUUAUGAUUAUUAUUUUUACUAUAAUUAAUUAGUAUAUACUUGCUUUAAUUAAUGGAAUUGAAGUGAAGGGAAAUUAGCUAUUGCCCUGCUUGUAGCAUUAUUUUAAGGUUUUACCCUUGUAUUAUCGAUUGUUAAAAAUCCCCCAUAAUUCACCAAUUGUAUUGGAUCUCGUCCCUCUAAUUACUAAGAUUUAUACAGCAGUAAAUUUGAUGAAUAAGAUUUACAUAUCCGAAUCUUUAUAUAAUUUUUCGUUAAUUCAUGGAGAAAAGGACCAAACACUGGUCGUGGUCGUGGUCAGCAAAUUGGGGCCAGAACUAAUUACCAUAAAUAUUUGGGCCAAAAGCUGAGAUUUCAAUAAUUUCGGGUACGACGGAAAUAAUUCCUAGUUAAAGGGAACGAAAGAGGACAGAGAGCUGAAAAGACGAUGUGUAGCUUUUAAGAAAGAAGGAAUAGAAGAAGCUUCGCUUAUACCGAGAGAAAAAGAGGAAGAAGAGUUCUUCGGGGCACAGAGAAUCUCAUUAAAAAAAAAAAAGAUUUUGAAUUUGGCCAUUUUUUUUUGGUUCGGAAGAAGAUGUUGUGUAGAAUGGUGUUGGCCCGGAAGAAGAAAGCCGGUUCGGUCCCGGUUUAUCUGAAUGUGUACGAUUUGACCACCAUUAAUGGCUACGCUUACUGGUUCGGCCUUGGAAUCUACCACUCUGGAGUUGAAGUUCAUGGCAUUGAGUAUGGUUUCGGGGCACAUGAGCGCUCAACCACGGGGAUUAUUGACCUCUUCCUCUCUUACAUGCCGAAACGACUGAACCCUUUUCGAGCUAUAGAGUUCGAGCAUACUCAUCUUUCGCAGCUCGGAAGAACCGACUUAGAUCCCGAGGAAGUUCAUGCUUUCAUGGAGAAACUGGCCGAAGAGUAUUGCGGCAACACUUACCAUCUCAUCACGAAGAACUGCAACCACUUCUGCAACGAUGUGUGCGUUAGACUGACCGGAAAACCUAUCCCUAGCUGGGUUAACCGUCUUGCUCGGCUCGGUUUGUUCUGCAACUGCGUUCUCCCGGCAGGCUUGAACGAAACAAAGGUGAGGGGAGUGAGGUCGGAGGAGAAAAUCCCGGAAGCCGAAAAGAAGAAACUCCGCAGCCGAUCAAGUAGAUUUACGCCCGACCCUUCGCUUUCUUCUUCAUCCUCUUCGUCUUCAAGUUCUUCAUCGAACCGAAUCAGAAGAGAAGAAAGAAGAAGAGAGUGCCUUCCUCCAUCGCCAUCUCUGGCUCCGGACUCUAUAGCUUCAACCGUUAGCAUCCAGCUCUAGCCAGCCUCACCAGUUUAUACCCUUUUUUUCUUUUCUCUAAGACUAUGAAAUAUAUAGAAAAUGGUCCCGAAAAAGCUGUUGUCUCUGUCGGGAUUCGAAUCUUGGAUCUGAUUCGUCAUCCUGCCAAAGGGUAGGUUAGUUGUAGAGUCCAAGAAUGCAGGAUCUAAUAUCUAUAAACAUACCUCUUGAACCAA